GGCGCGCGCCGGCGUCGCCCUCCUCCCAUUGAGCGAGGCUGUGUCGCGUGGCCCGGCGUCGGCGUGACGGUUGGACGCGGGCGCGGCACUGCGGGUCCCGAUUGCUGCAGCCGCUUGUCAGUGUGAUGAAGAUUGGCACCCAGUGCAGUGGGCUGGAAGCUUCUAGAACCAAGUCCCUGCAUGCCCACUUCCUAAUCUGCGGUUUGGAUAGAAGGUUCUUGAACACACGAAGUCCAAGCACGUCAGCCUCUAUGCCUUGUGCUUCGGAUGCACGAUGAUGUGAGGUGGGACGCGGGCGUCGCACACCAUGAUGGCAACACAGACGCUGAGCAUAGACAGCUACCAGGACGGGCAGCAGAUGCAGGUGGUGACAGAGCUGAAGACAGAGCAGGACCCCACGUGCUCCGAGCCCGAUGUGGAAGCCGUAAGCUCGCCGCCCGUGGGCUCCCAGACCCCCAUGGACGCCGACAAGCAGGCCAUCUACAGGCACCCCCUGUUCCCACUGCUGGCCCUGCUGUUCGAGAAGUGCGAGCAGUCCACACAGGGCUCUGAGGCCACCACAUCUGCCAGCUUCGAUGUGGACAUCGAAAACUUUGUGCGGAAGCAGGAGAAGGAGGGAAAGCCCUUCUUCUGUGAGGACCCCGAGACCGACAACUUAAUGGUGAAGGCCAUCCAGGUGCUGCGGAUCCACUUGCUGGAGCUGGAGAAGGUGAACGAGCUGUGCAAGGACUUCUGCAGCCGCUACAUCGCUUGCCUGAAGACCAAGAUGAACAGUGAGACGCUGCUGAGCGGGGAGCCCGGCAGCCCCUACUCCCCCGUGCAGGCCCAGCAGCUGCAGAGUGCCAUCACGGGCACGCUCAGCCCCCAGGGACUCGUGGUGCCGGCGUCUGCGCUGCAGCAGGGGAACGUGGCCAUGGCGACCGUGGCAGGCAGCACCGUCUACCAGCCCGUCACAGUGGUCACGCCCCAAGGCCAGGUUGUGACCCAGGCCCUGUCGCCCGGGACCAUCAGGAUCCAGAACUCUCAGCUACAGCUACAGCUGAACCAGGACCUGAGUGUCCUGCAGCAGGAUGACGGCUCGGCCAAGAACAAGAGGGGCGUCCUGCCGAAGCACGCCACCAACGUCAUGCGCUCCUGGCUCUUCCAGCACAUCGGGCACCCCUACCCCACGGAGGACGAGAAGAAGCAGAUCGCGGCACAGACGAACCUCACGCUGCUCCAGGUCAACAACUGGUUCAUCAAUGCCAGGAGGCGCAUCCUUCAGCCCAUGCUGGACUCCAGCUGCUCAGAGACACCGAAGACAAAGAAGAAGACAGCCCAGAACAGGCCCGUUCAGAGGUUCUGGCCUGACUCCAUCGCGUCUGGUGCCACCCAGCCGGCUCCCAGCGACCUGGCCAUGUCGGAAGGCGCCGUGGUGACCAUUGCCACGCCCGUGAGCAUGAGCGUGGACAGCCUGCAGUCCUUGUCCUCGGACGGCGCCACGCUGGCCGUGCAGCAGGUGAUGAUGGCGGAGCAGAGCGAGGACGAGUCAGAGGACAGCACGGGGGACGGCGGCACGGGGCUGACCCCCGGCCACAUGAGCGGGCUGGUGCUGGAGCACAGUGACUCCCUGCAGUAGCGCUGGCCGAGCGCGGG